UGAUGGCGUCGGUUCGUUGUAGCGGCAUGUAGAAUACCGUAGCAAGCUUUCUUUUAUGUUUUUCACGUGAUUCUCUUUAAUAAACCUGCAGAAACGGCAAGAAUGGAGAGAUAUACAAUAUCAAAGUCUGAAAAGCAGACAAUUUAUGAAAUAUACCGGGCGUGUCGGCUUUGCGGCGCCGGCGGUGGCUAUCGGAUGCCUAUCAUUCAAAACAUAAUCGACUUGGACAGUUCCGAACUAGAAUUGAGGCAGAAAAUACAAGAAUGUUUACAACUGGAGGUGCGGCCUGAUGACCGAAUGCCUCCGCUCAUCUGUGAGCUGUGCGUUGAUAAAGUGAAUGACUUCUACCAAUUCUUGGAGAUGACUCGUCAGACAAAUAUUAAGACUAGGACCAGGCUUGGCCUUCCCAUACAGGACACUAAGAAAGGAGAACCUGAACAAAGUAACUGUAUCCUUGGCGUGACAGAGCCGGUUUAUACAAAGGAUGAUGAGCCACCAAAGAGUAAGGCGGGUCCCAAAUGCACCAAGAAGAUUAAAAAGGAGCCUGAUGUUAAAGUUAAGAUAGAGAACACCUCGGACUCAUCCUCCCGCUCUUCAAGCGUGUCCUCUCGCGCGUCCCGCCGCGCGCCCUCCCCCGCCCCCUCCCCCGCCGCGCGCCCCGCCCGCGGCGCCCCCGCCCCCUCCCCCGCUGCUGCGCCGGCCCGCUCGCGCCGCUCGCUGCUGGAAGAAGCGCUAGCGCGACGGAAACCGGACCCGCCUAAGAUUAAAGACGCUAAGACGGAGACGAAGAAUAAGACUGAGGCGCCUAAAGACACACAGACACCAAAAGAAAAAAAGGCGACACCUGCGAAAAAAAAGGGAGAAUUGGAAUCUUUGCUAGAGGACAGCAUGAAGUUUGAUGACAACACUUUGCUGGUGCCGCGAUCGUUGAAGAGGACGCGAGAGGAGCCCCCUAGGCCUGCGCUGCUGCCCAAGAGGGCUAAUCUUGCAAGAUAUUUAAUGGAUGCAAGAAUAAGGCCCAUACCAACAAAAGAGCUCCUAAAGGAGCCUUCACCGCCCCGCAGACCAGGCCCGAGGUCCAGACAGCCAGUGAAAGAGCCGUCCCCGACUCCCAGACCCGGACCCAAGUCGAAGAAGACCAGAGUGGAAGAAGAAAAUGUGCCUGCACCGCUUAAGGUGCCUAAGUCUAAGGCCAAGCCGGAGUUACCCAAGACGAAAGAGCCGCCUAAGCCUCCAGAGGAGCCCCCGCCGUCCGCGCCUCCGUUCAAGUGCGUAGUGUGCGACACGCACUGCAAGAACUCGGGGGGCUUCGCGAGGCACCUGAAUAUACACGUGCCCACCUUCACUAAACCUACACACGCGUGCAACCCGUGCGGUACAUGGUAUGUAACUGCCGAAGAGGCAGCGAGCCACCACCGCUACCACGCCGCCUCCACCUUCCCCUACCACUGCCGACGGUGCUUCGACGACUUCCGCACUCUACAGCUGUAUGACGACCGGUGCGGUACCUGGUAUGUAACCGCCGAAGAGGCGGCGAGCCACCACCGCUACCACGGCGCCUCCACCUUCCCCUACCACUGCCGACGCUGCUUCGACGACUUCCGAACUCUACAGCUGUAUGACGAUCACAUAGAGUCGGGGCUCUGCGUGGGUGAUGAGCCGCCGAGUGAGAAGUGCGAGGAGUGCCUGGCGCUGUUCGCCACCGCCGCGCUGCGGGCCGCGCACCGCUGCCCGGGCCGCGGCUUCUCCGAGCAGGCAAAGUUACUUAGAACUACUAGGCCAAAUUGCAUAAUUAAACAAAUCUUUUUUACAGGCAAGUGCUCGAAAUGCUCCAGAACGUAUGCGACCGCUAAGACCCUCAAGAAACAUGAAAGCCAGUGUAGUCAGAAGAGAAAAGGAGGAGACUUGAUAGCGGACCCGGACGUGCUGCGAAGGCUGAAGCCGAUGCAGGUGCGGAUCACCAAGUGCGAUGGUCUGCUGGCACGAGAGACGGGGGAACACUACGACGUAUCCAGGGUUAAACCGAAUUACGGACUGGCAAAGAACUACAUCUAUCCAUACAUGAAGCUGCCUCCAGUCAAGAGCGAACCGCUCUACCGCGACAGCAUGGUCGCCAUCCCUGUCGCACUCAAGGAGGAGUUCUCUUUCACACACUGGGACAGCGACAGUGAUGUAGAAGAAUCCAUCGUCAGAAGCGUACCCUCCCUCACAACUUUAGCUAUCAAAAAAUUAUUCACUAAAAAUCUCCUAGGUAAAGUACCUAGAAAAAGAAAGAAGGUCAAAAAUGAAGCUUUUGACAAUGAAAACGACUUCGGUGACGUAAGUAAGGAUAUUAAUGAUAUAAUAAAUAGUUUAGACGAUAUGGGAAACGGUAGUUUAGAUAGGAAAGAUUUGACAGCUAGAAUUAAGGAUAUUAUUGGGUGUUUUGAUAGUGAAAUUAGUGAAAAUGUAAAUGACAAGACAGCUAAUGAACAAAGUGAGAUUAUUAAUGAGGAUGCUAAUGUAAUUGAUGAAACGAUUGAUAAUGAUGGUGAAAAGAAUAAAACCUCUGAUGAAAGUCAUUGUGAAACAGUUGAUGGUAAAGGAACUGAUGAAACAAUGGCUGAUAAGAAUCAAGUACAUGAUACAGUAACACAUGACGUUAGUUCUAAAAUGGAUAUAAAUACUGAAAAUGAUGAAAGUACAAAAGAAAAUGUGUUAGAAUCUAAUGAUAACGGUAAUUGUGAGAAAACAAGCAAUAAUAAAGUCUAUCAUGGUGAAAAAACCAUAGAUAAAGUAUUAGAGAGUAACCAAUUAAAUGAUGAUAAUGAUAAUGAAACAAUCAAUAGGCUAGAUAGUGAAACUAAUGAUCAUACAGUUAGUUAUGAUAAGGAAAUUGACAUAAGUUUACAAAAAUCAAAAGAUGAUGAAGGCGUAGCUGUUAAUACUAGGGAUCUUGAAAAUGUGCCGGUUAAUGGAAUCAAUACUUUACAAAACGAAAAUUCUUUCGAAAAUGACACAAAAAUCAAUCAAAAUGAAAGUUCUUCGGACAAAGAAUCAAAAAGCAAUGACGAAACGAAGUUAACUGAAGAAAUCAGUAAACAAAUAAACAAAGAAAGUCCAAUUAAGCACAGCAUAGAAAACUUAAUAGGAGAAACUGAUAAAAAUCCAGAAAAAUACAUAAACGAAGUAAUAUCAAGUAUUGAAGAAUUAAAUAGAUGUCACGAACAAAUAAAUGGACAGAAUGAUAAUGAAAUUAAUAAUAGCAAUCUAAUGGAAGCGUUAGAUGAAGAAAUCGGUGAGAAAAGUCUCAGUGACCAAGAUAAAAUCACUUUAGAAGAUCUAUUGCCUAAGGGAGAUACGUGUGAGGAUUUGGAGAAUAUAUCGGACGAUGAUUUCAAUUUUGAUGCCUAAAAUCUUCGAGCAACACCGGCUUCCGACACGUCGGAAGUCGGAAGGGAGGGGCCCAAGCUAUAUAUUACAAGUGGGGCAUUAUCUAUGAAAAAGAACCUUAUUGUCGAUGGUGCUUACCAGGGAUGUUGCGAAUAUUCGCAUCCGCAUCCGCGGAACAUCCGCAUUAUUUUCAACAUCCGCAUCUGCAUCCGCAACCACAUAAAAUCGAUGCGGAGCAUCCGCAUGAUGCGGAUGUCGACCAGUCGGUAACAGGAACGCAUUAGCAAUUUCGUCAUUAUAUACAACAAUAUCGUCUAGAUCGCGAAAACCCGGCCAAGUUACUGUUUAUUAAAUAUAACGCACCUAAUAUAUUCUUGCUCAAUAAAUAAACAUUUCAUUUAAAAAAAAAUACUAAAUAUGUAAUAUUUGGCCUUCCUAAGUACCAAGUCUUGACAUCCGCAUCCGCGGAUGUGAGGCUUUAAAUAUCCGCAUCCGCAUCCGCGGAUGUCAAAAAAUCUGCAUCCGCAACAUCCCUGCGAUAUAUUACAAAUGGGGCAUUAUCUAUGAAAAGGGACCUUAUUGUCGAUGGCGCUUACGCCGCACAGCGCCGCGCGGCAUUGUAUUUAUAUCCGAGCAUCGUUAAUAAUGGAGUAAGCGCCAUCGACAAUGAGGUCCCUUUAUAGCUAACGUCACAAAAAGGGAUGUUUCCUGUACUUAAAAUAAAUUAUUUCAAACCGUGCACUAAAUAAAUCACACAUAGAUAGCAGCUAUAUUUAAUUUAAACACAAUUUCUAUUUAAUAAAUCUGAUUGAAAUAUAAAAAGUAGGUGAGUUGACCGUGACGUCUGUGUUGCUCGAAGCCUAAUGUAAUAUAAAACGCAUUCUAAUAUAUGGCACUAUCCCUUUCGACUAUUUAGGGUUGUCAAAAUUCAAGUAAUUAUCUUAUCUAUGGUCGUGCACGCAAAAGGAAGUCAAAUGGUGCCAACCCUAAUAAUUGCUCAAAGCAAUGCUGAGCCGAGUGGAGCCGAGUUUGGCCGAAGUCAGGAGUGUCUCCCCACUGCCUGAGAUAGUGUCGCUACAAACAGCUUUAUCACAAUCAGUGUAGCUUUUUUUGUAUACACGGUGUAACAUGAGUAAACCGAAUAAUUUUAACCACGCAUUUCUGAGGUCAAAAGAAGUAAAAAAUGUAAUAUGAGUUUAGGCCAAUUUCGCCAAAAAAUAAUUUUUUUUUUGUUUUGUUUUUUCAAUUUUUUGAGUGUAUUUGUACAUAAAAAAUAAAUGUUAUUGGCAAACUUGUCACUUAAAAUUGAUUUUUAAUUUUUUUUUUCGUAGAACCUACUUUUUACAGUGUUACUUGUCACUUUUUGACAUCUAUCAAUAAGGAUAUUUAGACUACGUCCCAUAGCAGCAACAUCACCAUCAAGAAGGCCUUUUACACUAUGUAACAAUAAAAACUUGUUUUUUUUUAAAUUAAUAGUAUCUCUGAAACUAGGCGAAAAUCAAAAAAGUUUAUAGGACAUUUUUGUCUCUAAAUAUGAUCAGGAAUACGCUGUUAAAAUUAUUCGGUUUACUCAUGUUACACCGUGUAUAUUCGAUACCUUUUAUUUUAAUUGUAAAGUUCGACAAAAAUAUUUGUCAGUUUUUCUCGCAUUGUAUGCAUUCUAAAAGAGUUGUAAAUUCUACGAAAAGUCAAGCACCCGAGUUCGUCAGCUGAAAUAGCUGGCGCUGUUGUAUUUUUUGGUACUACAGUAGAAUCCGCUUAUAAUGACAUUGAAGGGAAGUGACAAACACGUCAUACUAAGCGGAUGUCAUGUAAAACAUAGUUGUACAACUUAUUAUUUUUGUUAUGUUUUCUAAAUUAAUCUCAUAAACCCUUUGUGAGAAAUAAGUUUUAUUAAACUUGUAACAAAUAUCAACUUGUCACUGAUGAUCAAAACUAAAAUACCUUACACGCCACGAACGUACCAAACGUCCUCGCAAGGAAAGACGUGGUGACGGCCACGAAAACAUAAGUGUCAGUAUAACCGGACAUAAUUUCAUGAAAAUGGGAUUUUUCGGUCAUAGUAAGCGAUUUGUCACUAUAAGCGAAGUCAUCUUAUCCGAAUUUGUCACUAAGAAUUUUAUAUGAAAACCAAACUUUGAACCGUAAUUACGUCAUAGUAAGCGGUUGGUCAGUAUAAGCGGAGUCAUAAUAAACGGAUUCUACUGUAACUGGAUUUUCAAAAGUUAACUAUUGACAACCAGAAUCACCGCUUUAUGUACGGAGCCGUACCAUCUACAUCAGCUGUCAAUUUUGAAUACUAUUUUUAGGGUCCCGUACCCAAAGGUUAAAAACGGGACUCUAUUACUAAGACUCCACUGUCCGUCUGUCUGUCACCAGGCUGUAUCGUAUUUGUUGUUAUUGCGGCAACAGAAAUACAUCAUCUGUGAAAAUUUCAACGGUCUAGCUAUCACGGUUCGUGAGAUACAGCCUGGUGACAGACGGACGGACGGACAGCGAAGUCUUAGUAAUAGGGUCCCGUUUUACCCUUUGGGUACGGAACCCUAAAAAGUACGGAACCCUCGGUUCGGAAGUCCGACUCGCACUUGUCCCGGUUUUUUUUCUUAGACUACAUCUUUUGUACAUUUAAUAUUUCUAUGUCGCGCAAUAAUAUAUGUAUCACAUAUGAUACUUUCGUUUUGGAAUUAGAUGAAACGUAUGUUGAAUGUUUGUGAAUAUUUUGCCUUGUAUUUAGUGGUUAUGCAUGUACAUAUUGAAACUUAGAAAUAUAACUAUUACCUAUG